AUGCUUGGUAACGAUAUCAGAAGCCAAGCGCAUGCUUGCGAAUCUAAAGUGGACAACCCUUUGUGUGUUUGGAACGGUGAUUCGAACUCAAGCAGUCUAUUUAACGCCCGCACAACAAGCAAUGGGAAACCUCUUCGCGGCCAGCAGCUGAGAGCUGAACUGGAACUACACAACAACGCAACACAGACCAUUCUGCACGCGGAUCCCUCAGAUGAGCUCACCUCUAAGUCCUUGCUAAAAUCUUUUGCCACCGGCCAGUAUCUACUCUGUUACCAACGUGAAAGACGACUGCGCAAGAAGAGGGGCCGACGAAAGACGUUAAAUCAGGCAGAAAAUGCAAGAACCCGUCGAUAUCUCUCGCCAAACUAUGGGGCCACCAUCUUUCCGUCCAGUGGAGACACACUGGACGGGCAGCCUUCGAUUACCCUUAACACCAGCUGUCCAACCUUUACUAUACAUACUGAGGAGAGCGAUGAAAAACCUGCAAAAAUACUCACUAACCCCGACUUUGCAGACUAUUCGCCUGGAUCUUCUCAGGGCCUGCGAAAACUGCAUUCCUCUUUUCCAAAUGACAACGAUGCGUUUCUUGAGUUAAACCAAGUAUCUAUAAGUUCUCCCUAUAUUGGAAACAUCUCUAACUUGUCAAACAAGGAUAUAUCCUGUCCCAUUGAUCUUAACAAAAAAAAACCCACAGGCUCAAGACCCAUUCUGCAUCCAUCCAUUCGAAAGCUGAAGAUGUACGCGAAGGGUUCCAGCUCACCGCAAGGCAGCCAGAAGAAGAAAAUUGAGGAAAACAACUGUAAAUACUCUAACGAUUUGUAUAGAUCACGCCUCUCAAUGCUUGCCUCCGCUGCGAGUUCAACAAGCGAUAUGCGACUUCAAGUGAGCUACUACUCACGUGAUAGCCUUCAAAGUUUGAGAUGGUCGGAUGCAGAGGUGCGAAAUUCCAAAACGACGGCUCUGUCACACGAAGACAUAUCUAACGUCACGGUGCCAAUCAGUCUUUCGAUCUCCAUAAUGACUACGUACAUACUCAUUGGGGCCAUUGUAUUCUGUAUUUGGGAAGAUGACAACUAUCUCAAGUGGUCAUACUUUUGCUUCGUUACAUUAUCAACGAUUGGCUUUGGUGAUAUUGUUCCAGGCACAAAGGUGGAUUCCACAAAUCCACAGGAAAAACUGAUUAUCAUCAGUCUCUAUGUGGCUAUUGGUCUCUCCGUCUUCGCAAUGUGUUUCAAGCUUAUGCAAGAAGAGGUGGUCUCAAAAUGCAAAUGGCUGGGCCAUAAGAUCGGUCUGCUGAAGCAUCGUGUCAAAAAACAGAAAUUUAGUUUACCUCAACCCCGUGAUAACGUGACUCCUACACAUGUCUAG